AUGAAGUAUUGGAAAGCAAAAGACAUUGAGGCAAACUCGGAAAAAAUUGAGAUAAAAAAAGUUCAUAUUUCCAAUGAUAACGAAGAGAAAUUCUCAAAACUCGUUCUAAAAAAUGAUGAAAAAGAAGACAUUAAGCUUAUUAGGGGGAUAAUUAGUGAUUAUUGGGAAGAACAGCCUUCUAAUGAAUAUACUCAUAUUAUCAUUGAUUCGCCAUAUUUGAUUACUUUAAGAAAACUUAAAGCUUUAACGACUGAAGAAAAUAUUCACAUAAUAGUCAAAGCCCCUAGUACGUUCUCUAAACUCUGA